AUCCUGCUUGUCGUUUGAUCGAGAUAUCUCGAAAUAACAUGAUCGAAUAAUAUAUAAGAUGGCGGCCCAUUGAUGAGUUCAUGUGUGUGUGUAAUUAUUUUGUGCAGUGAUUCUAUAAUUUUUUCUUACCAACAAUUUAUAAGCCAUAAUUAUGGGCACAUCAGAUUUAGAAUGUAUAGAGUCUAAAAGAGACAUGGUUACUAUAGAUUCUGAAUCCGAUAUGUUAAUUGACCAAAGAAAGAAAAAGAAAAGAAAACAUAAACACCAUAAACAUAAGAAAGAUAAAUUAAUUGAAAGAGAAGAUGGCAGAAUAGAACGUCAAGAAAAGAAAAGACACAAAAAACAUAAACGACCUAAGAAAGAAAGAGAAACUGAAAAUGGAUCAAUGAAUGAUAAAACAUCACGUGUAAUUCAAAAAGAUUUAGGUAUAAAUGGCAAAGUAAAGAAUUCUUUAUUAGAAGUGGUUUCUACUGAAGAAAGUGAAGAUGAGAAAUUAGUAGAUUUAGAUUCAGAUGAGGUAGAUUGUACGAUUAUUGAAGAUGAUAUUGAUCUUGAAGAAUUAAUGAAGCAAAAGGAAAGGUUACAAGCAUGUUUAGUUCAAUAUCUUUCAGAUGAAUCUGAAAAAGAAGAUAAAGAACCAGAUCAAGAUGAAAUAAAAACCACUGAAACACCUGAUGUUAUACUUGUAGAAGAUGAUAGUGAAAAUGAUAACAUACCUCCCAAAAAACGAGCUAGAAGUAAGUCUGGUAGUAGAGAACGCAAAAAAAUAGCAAAACCUGAAAGACGUGUAGUAGUAGAUAUGACUAGAGAUCGUAAAAAUCGAGAAGAACAUAAAGAUAAACGAAGAGAAUUAGAAAGAAGAAAAGAAGAAAAAAUUCGUACUAAAGAGGAAACUAGAAGAGAUGAUAAUAGAAAAGAUGAUAGACAAAUACGGAAACCAAAUGAUAGACACAGAGAAGAUUCCCGAAAGGAAGAUAGUAAAAGGCGAUUAGAAGAUGAUAAACGUAGAGAUUCUAUUAAAAAAGAUGAAUUACGUAAAAAAGAACAAGAUAAAAGAGAAGAAGAACGAAGACGAGAUUCAGAUCAUCAUAAUUCCAGAUCCCGUAAUGAAUGCAAAUCAUUAGAUAAAACUGAUAAAUCUCGACGCGAGAGUCGCGAUAGAUUAGAAAAUCGAGAACGACAAAAUAGUCGAGAUCGACAUAUAAGUCGUGAUAGACAUAUUAGUCGAGAUCGUCACAUUAGUCGAGACCGACAUAUUAGUCGAGAUAGACAUACUAGUCGAGAUCGUCAUACCAGUAAAGAUCGACCAACUAGUCGUGAUCGUCGUAGUCGAGAUAGACCUGCCAGCAGAGAUCGACAUAGUCGUGAUCAAAGAGACAGCAAAGAGCAUUAUACUGAUCGCGAUAGGAUUAGAGAUAAUAGAAAUAGUCGUGAUCAUAAUGAUAUACGAGAUCGGCGAGAUAGUCGAAAUCAUGACAGAAUUAGGGAACGUUCAAGAAGUACAAGAAGAUCUCGCAGUCCUCUUAGAAGUAGAUUGGAUAGAGAUCGAAAUGAUCGAUACAAACGAUCUAGAUCACUUUCUCGAAGUAGAAGAGAUAGAGAUAAACAUAGAGAUAGAGAUCAUGAUAGAGAUAAAGAAAAAACUAGUAAAAGAGAACGUAAUGAUAAAUUUAAAGAUUCUUUAUCAGAAGGACUUAAAGUAGAACAUUCAGAAACAUCAAGCGAAGAGGAUAUCAAAGAUAUUGAUAUUGAAGAAGAGGAAGAUGAAGAAGUUAUUAUCGAACGUAGAAGAAAACAAAGAGAGGAACUUCUAAAGAGGUUAGGUGGUCCAAACGAAGAUUCAAAUAUGUCUGCUGAUAUUAAUAUUGUUCCUGCAACUCCACCUUCUGAAAGUCAAUCAAACAUAUCACAGAAAUCAAUAGAAAUUCCGUCUAAUAAUAACGAAUCUACUUCAGAAAGUCAUACUCCACCAUUGCCCGAGAAACCAAAAUCACCACAAAUCAAGAAAAGAAAAUCUAGAUUUGAAGAUGUUCUACCAGAAGAAAUUGAUAAAAAUGAAGAUAUAAAACCAACAGAAAAAAUUAAACAAGAAGAAAAACAAAAUUCAAAAAAAUCGAAUGAGUGGGAUAUGUUUGCUGAGGCAGAUAAUAUUGGUGAUUUUAAUAGUCCUACAGUUGAAGGAAAACGACAAGGUGGACCAGAUAAUCCAAGUUUAACAGAUAAUUGGGAUGAUGCAGAAGGAUACUACCGAGUACGUGUAGGAGAAACAUUAGAUUCUCGAUAUGUUGUUUAUGGAUAUACUGGUCAAGGUGUAUUUAGUAAUGUUGUAAGAGCUAGAGACACUGCUAGAGGCAAUUUAGAUGUUGCUGUAAAAAUAAUAAGAAACAAUGAAAUAAUGCACAAAACUGGCCUUAAAGAAUUAGAAAUUCUUCGAAAACUUAAUGACGCAGAUCCUGAAGACAGAUUUCAUUGUUUAAGAUUAUUUAGACAUUUCUUUCAUAAGAAUCAUUUAUGUAUGGUUUUUGAACCUUUAGCCAUGAAUUUAAGAGAGGUUUUAAAAAAAUAUGGAAAAGACGUUGGUUUACAUGUUAAAGCGGUAAGAUCAUAUACGCAGCAACUUUUCCUUGCACUCAAAUUAUUAAAACGUGCAAAUAUUUUGCAUGCUGACAUCAAACCAGAUAAUAUUCUAGUCAGUGAAAGCAAGCUAGUACUGAAAUUAUGCGAUUUUGGCUCAGCAUCUCAUGCUCAUGAAAAUGAGAUAACACCAUAUUUGGUAUCAAGAUUUUAUCGAGCACCUGAAAUUAUUCUUGGUAUACCAUAUGAUUUCGGCAUUGAUAUGUGGUCUGUGGGAUGUACCAUAUAUGAAUUAUAUACGGGAAAAAUAAUGUUUUCGGGCAAAACAAAUAACCAAAUGUUGAAAUUCUUCAUGGACUUGAAAGGCAAAAUGCCUAAUAAGCUGAUUAGAAAAGGCUCAUUCAAGGAUCUACAUUUUGACUCUAACUGCAAUUUCCUAUAUCAUGAAGUUGAUAAAGUCACCGAGCGGGAAAAAGUUGUAGUUAUGUCUACUUUAUCUGCUACUCGUGAUCUAAGCGCAGAAUUAGGUGGAAAUUCUUUGCCACCAGAACAAAAUCGGAAAGUUGGACAACUUAAGGAUCUUUUGGAACGAACAUUGAUGUUAGAUGCAGGAAAAAGAAUCACUGUGAAUCAUGCCCUGGCACAUCCAUUUAUACAAGAAAAAAUUUAGGUAACCCUGUCCGGGGUCCAUCCACAUCGGAGAAUUUGACGUAAUUUUUCAAAAGAAUGUUUGAAACGACACCGCUAACGAUUCGUUGUAUAUCAUAAAAGCAUUACUAACAUAAUGCGGUGUCUAUUUAUAUCGAAUAUCCUAUAUCCGUUUCAGCAGAAAGAGGCGGUGCAAAAUUUUACAUUUCACUUACUCCAUCUGAAUAAAACAGGAAAACAUAUAUAAUGGGAGGAACGAAAAAUUAUUUGAAUCACAUAUUGUACUCUAUCAAUCUGAACUGUAUUAUUUAAUUAAUGAUAACUAUUGCAGGUCAAUAGAGUGCAAUAUCUUUAUAUUAAUUAAAAACCACUACAUAAAAAUGAUGCAUAAAAUAUUGGAGUUCGCCAUUGAUGCAUUUAUCGACGAUUGUAAAAACAACGUGUUUGUAUUCUACAGUGUACUGUAUCAGAGAGCGUAAUGAUUUUUUCGUGUAAAUUUGUUUGAAAUGAAAACCACGAUUUGGUUUAUUUCUUUUCUUUCUUUGUGCACAGCAGUUAUAAAGUAAUAAAUCCAACACGAUGAAUACUAGAGGAAGAGGCUUGAUGAAUAUAUGCGGUAUACAAUAUUCUUCCGUGGAUGAAAAUGAAAAACUGGGAAAAGUGACCGCCUCUUUCAGCAUGAACUGGCCAUCGAUACUUAGCAUAAUGGUGGUACAUAAUAUUUUUCUUUUCAUCAAUUUUUCGAAUUUUAAAGCGCGAUUUUCUUUACAAAUAACAAUUCAUAAUAAAUUAUUAUAUUACAAAUAAAUAAUGCGUUAAUUCGCGAUGAAGAAUUCCGUUUGCGAAAUUGUAAAACCUCUACGAACUUGAUCGUAUAAAUCACGAACUUUUUAUUCUUCUGUGCCAUUGUGCAAAUCGGCAAAGUUUAAUAACAAGGAAACUUGUACUGAAAAAGAAAAAACAAAUUGUAUAGUAAUUAGGUUGUUGAAAUAAAACGACGCAUACUUAUCAGAAUGAGAAA